AUACGUAUCAUGUGAAGUUUCUAAUACAUUAUACCCUAGUGGUUACCAAAGUAAUCAAGCUUCGGAGGAUUCAAGUAUCAAAAUAAACGUUUUAUAUCCGCCAGAUACUCCUGUUUUGUGGAUUAAUUCAACGUGCAUAAAAAACUCCCCGAUAGAACAAAAUGUUAUUCGAGUAUUAGAACUUGAUCGAGUGAGAGUGGAAUGUGUUGCUGCUGGAAAUCCGGAACCAACUUGCCAAUGGACCAAUCAUUCACAAUCGUGUACACUUGAUAUUACAAAAGCCUCUAAAGAAGACAAAGGAACUUAUGUUUGCAUUGCUUCCAACCUAAUGAACACAUCAUACGGAAGUACAGAUGUUGGACGAAAUAAUUCAUCGUUUUAUCUUGAUAUAUUGUAUCCACCAAGAAUAACAAACCUUAAUGCAUUUGUUAAGGUCCUUGAGGGUGUUCACUUCAGUUUCACUUGUGAAGCAGAGCCGGGAAAUUCAAAGGAAACAUCUUAUUUUUGGACAAGUCAACAACUGCCUGGAAUAAAUAUAUUUGGUCAAUACCUCAUUAUACAGAAUAUUUCUCGAGCCGAUGAUGGCAUAUAUACAUGUUUUGCACGAAAUGUAAUGCAACCGUCUGGAUGUAUGGAAAUUAACGGAAGCGAUGUGAAAAAUAUUACUAUCGAUGUUCAAUAUAAGGCUUCAAUCAUUACGUUUACUGCUAUGAAUACUACUACUACAACUACAGUUCACCAUGGGGAUGAAGUAAGGUUUGCAUGUGAAGUAGACAGUGACCCACCUGCUGAUAUCAGGAUAUUAUCAACAAAUGGAUCGAUUUUAAAGAAUAUCAAUGACAAUUAUCUGUUAUCUUACACCAAGAACAGUUCAUGCUUAGAGGACAUUGGUCAGUUUACUUGUAUAUCAGCAAACAAGCAUAACCGUGGGCAACCCGACAAAAGAAACGUCUCAGUAGAUGUUAAAUGUUCACCUUUAUAUCGACCGAAUUACUUUCAAAAUUCAACUUUCAAAACUAGACCGGGAACAAAGAUAAAACUUCAUUUCAGUGUAUUUUCGAACCCUCCACCAACCCAGUUUAUAUGGACAAAUAUUUCAAACAGUAUGCAACUUCCGAAUGACACAACAUCUGACAGAGUUAUUAUCAACACUUCAGAUGACAUGUCAUCUUCUCUCAUUAUAACAAGCGCGGAACCCUGGGACUCCGGCAAUUACUCUGUAAGGGUUGAAAACGAAAUUGGCAGCAUGGUCGAAACGUUUCACAUUAUUGUAGACAGUAACCCUGAGCCUGACGGUGAAACCUAUACGUCACCCACUUCUGACAAUGGUACUGGAUCAGUGGUAGGAGGUAUAGUCGGGGCUGUGAGCUUUGUGGUAGCUGUAGCAAUUCUCAUUGCUAUUUUCUUCUAUAAAAAACGGCAAUGUCAUCACGACGGUGACCGACGAAGAGAUGGAAGUGCCUUGAAAGAUGAUACCCGAUACGAAGAUCUUACAAUGGCUUACACAAGAACGCCUACCGAUUAUUCUGACCUUGACUUCCGAUGUAGAACCGGAAUUACUACAAUGCAAACUAAAACUAAGGAGAGCGAUGUAUACGAAAACUUAAAACUGACACCAACCAAAAGUAGUGCGUUGACAUAAACGUUAGAAUUGGACAAGUACAUCUCUGUCGUUUUGAUUUUUGAUGCUGUGUGCCACUUAUAUUGUGAAUGGUUGGAUCUUGGUUAGAUUGCUAUCCA